AUGAACCCAAGUCUUCUGGACCACAGCAUGCAUAAUUUUCCCAGCAGUACCUACCCAGAGGACAGAGCAGAGAAUCCUUCCUCCUUUCUACACGACAACACAUACAACUCGUCCACUCCUCCAUCCUCCUCUCACUCAAGCGCAGGAUCCCUUAUCUCUAUGCUCCUACAGAAAACCAUUGAGAGUAAACAGACCCUCCAGGAGAGCACCGCUGCAUAUUACCACCCAGACGCUCAUAUUACCUUCCCUGCCUUGACGAGCGCUAGCCUGGUGGAUCAUCACAGCAGCACUUGUUCCAAGAGCAGCAGCGCCACCAUGGAGCCUCUGUCUCCAGCCAGCCAGGCAUCCACCGGGGCCAGCCCCACUAGAGUCAGCCCCAAUGGGGCCGGGUCGACCCAGGACUGGACCCUGGAGCUGGGGGACAGACGCCGGGCGAAGCGUGCCAGAGUGGAGAACAUCAUCAGAGGCAUGGCAGGCUCUCCUCCCAGUCCCGGUGUUCAUUGUACAGAUGAGGGGGAGACCACUCCAACCAGUGACCUUGAGAGUGAGACAAUGGAAAACAAGCAGGAGAAUAAGAGGAAACAGAGGGUGCCGCAGCACCAGGACCUCCUGAGGAAAGGGGGCGCUAGCGGGAAGAGUACGGACGAGGGCCAUAACCUGAGGAAGCAGCUUCAGACCAUGCAGAUGCUCCUGGGUCAACUCCAGGCCAGGUUCAUCCAAAUCUACGAGUACCAGACUGAGUCUGAGGAGGACGUCAGUGAUGGGGCGAUUUCAACAGGUGUGAUGGAGGAUGACCACCAACGUACUUGGUUCAAAGGAUACCCGGAGACAGAGGUGUUCAUGGACCCUUACAGUGAGUUUAACAAUGGAAGGCCUUUAGAUAAAGGUCAUCUGGGAUGUAAGAAUCACAAGCUAACUGACUACAUCCACUCAAACCCAGACAAAGAAGACAAACUCCUAGCAGAUAUUCUCAAGGAUGAGCUCUCCAGAGCCAUAAACUCUAGCGUUGACUCGAUUUUCAAAAACAUAUCACAUACUUUAUUCAAGUCACCACAGCUACACAUCGAGGAUGGGGGAAUGGUGGAAACAGACGAUGAGACCAUGUUCCUCAGCUCUCACGAGCCAGCGUCAUCAUCCACCCAUCCCUCCCUCCUAUGCAACCACCCCACUGCCCUACAGGAAGACCACCAAGUACUGGACAACCUCAAACACAACAGCUACCAUCAAGAUACCUUCGAAGGGCUCCAGUGUAGACCCACUACCACGGGUCUGCCUACCCCAGAGAUGGUUGACUUAUUGUGGGAUCCGGUCAAAGUGAGGUCCAAGGUGACCUCCAGGCCACCCAGGAGUCCUCAGGCUCACCACCCCAUGGCCACAGGGCAUCAUGUGCUUCUGGACAGUAUCGGUCUCCCUCACGUCAAGAUGGAGUGUGGUAGCUUCCAGAGCAGGGUGAAGAGGACCUCAUAUGUGCUGAAUGAAGGUCUGACCACACACCAUCUGAAGAAAGCCAAGUUGAUGUUCUUCUAUUCUCGCUACCCUAGCUCUAACGUGCUCACAACCUUUUUCUCCGAUGUCCAGCUCACUCGCUGUAUCAUAUCCCAGCUGAUUAAAUGGUUCAGCAACUUCAGAGAGUUCUACUAUAUUCAGAUGGAGAAGUUUGCCCGUCAGGCCCGAGUGGAGGGGGUGAACAGCGUGGGGGAUGUAACAGUGGGAAGAGACUCUGAGCUCUUCAGAGCCCUCAACAUGCACUACAACAAGGCCAAUGACUUUCAGGUCCCUGACAGGUUCCUUGAAGUGGCUGAGAUCACACUGCAGGAGUUUUACGUCGCCAUCUCUCUGGCCAGAGACUCAGACCCAUCCUGGAAGAAAGCCAUCUAUAAGGUCAUCUGUAAACUGGACAGUGACGUACCGGCCGAAUUCAAAGUCCCCCUCACAACAUAGAGAAAGAGCCAGACGGAGAGGGAGUUUCAUCCAGAAUGGUUGGUGCUGUAUUGAAAACAAAACUGUACGUUCCUGUAUGGGCCAUGUACUGAAUCUAAGACUUGCUAAAACUACAAACAGCAGGACAGGGCACCUGGUAUUUUAAGAUAUGGUCACUGUCGAUGUUUGACGGUUCUGUAAGUCGCUUUGGAUAAAAGUGUCCGGUAAAUGAGCAUUGUAACGGCAGCAUUAUCCAUUUCCCAUCCAGGAGGUCAGUCACGUGAAACGUACGGCUAUACAGUAGACAUAACGGGGUUUUAUGUUCAGAGUAGGAGCAUUGUAGAGCAAACUGCAAUAUACCAUUUCAAUUUAAAAAAACUAAAAAACAAUGUCUACCAUUUUGAUUGACAUUUAGAGGCAUGUGUUGCUGUAGGAGUAUAUCAUCAAACCGUGUUGGCGCAGUUGUGAAUGAAAUGUUGUGUAUUUUUGCUACAUCAAUCAGAUUAAUGUAGCAAUAAUACAAGAGACCUUCAUUUUUUACUUUUUCAGUUUGCAGAGAGCACUGAUGGUUUCCAAACCGUUGUAAAGAAACUGGACAGACAACAAAAAAAAGCACAAGCACAAGCCACACAAAAUCCUUUAAUAUACAAUGGCUGCAGUCUUUCUGUCAGCAUGUUUCUCAUUCUACUAGCAUGGUGUAUCAGAACAAUGAAACCUGUAUAAUGUGUCAAACCUGAACUGGAUUUACAUUGACAUCACCCUGAUACUGUAAUGGACAGGAGAUACUUUAUGGUCAUCAAGGGAACCACAAUCAAAAGUCAGUAUCACAUUUUGUUUAAUUUUUUAAAAACUAAAUACCAAUUAAUAUUACAUGUAUACUAAGAAUGUGAUGUGUCUUCAAGUCCAAAAUGUACAGUGCAGUCUGUACAACGAUCCCAUUUCUCUUCAAAAGACGUGAAAGGAAGCGCUUUAAUUAAAUAUUCAGUACAUGCUGCACGGAUUCUGCUAAAGGAGAGACUGCCAGGACAUUUGACUGUUAGCAACAUUCUUUAGUCGGCGGACUUCAGACUAGUUUACGUCACACAGCUUCUUUCACAUCAAUAUACUUACCUUGACGUCUCUGUUCCAGCCAUCAACACAGGAAAAGGAGCUGUCAAAAGCUCCAUAUUGGAUAUUUCAAUCAGACAUGAUCUCAAACAUGACUUGUGAGUUUCUCUUCAUACAUCCCAGCAAUACUAGUUGAUUCCCCCCUCCAGUAAUACUGUGGUGAUCUGUUGUGUGCAUCGCCAGGAAAUCACAGAGCCGUAGUGUAACGCCUCUCUAGAUCUGCCUACAGUAAUGACUCUCUCUACAGCUGCCUACAGUAAUGACUCUCUACAGCUGCCUACAGUAAAGACUCUAGAUCUGCCUACAGUAAUGACUCUCUCUACAGCUGCCUACAGUAAUGACUCUCUCUACAGCUGCCUACAGUAAUGACUCUCUCUACAGCUGCCUACAGUAAUGACUCUCUCUACAGCUGCCUACAGUAAUGACUCUCUCUACAGCUGCCUACAGUAAUGACUCUCUCUACAGCUGCCUACAGUAAUGACUCUCUCUACAGCUGC